AUGGAUGAAGAUUCUUAUCAGUAUCUUCAUGAUAAAUUAAUGAGUCAGUAUAACAAAGCUUGUUCUAGUUAUGAUUCUCUUUCAUCAUCAAGUGACGCUGAAGGAGCAAUCGCAAGCGAUUUACUAAAUCAAACUCAUGAACAACUAGAUGCUAUGCAUAACACGAUUAAUUUAAUCGUAAAUAAAACAGAUGAUUGGGACAAUAAGACAAAAAGAAAAGCAAAGAAGUAUUUGAAAGAAAUGCAUACAAAUUAUAAAACUCUUCUUCGAAACUUAGCAAAAUAUGAUGAAGCUGAUGAUGUAGCUAUCAUUCUUGAUGAUAAUCUUAUGGAUGUUGAUGAUGAUCAAGAUCCAGAAAAACCAAAAGAGCAAAUCAUUUCAUCAGACCAUGCGCCUAAUCAAGGUUCGGAUCAAAAAGAUAAAAAACCUGAAGAGGAUUUCAAAUUAUGCACUUUGAUAGAGUUCAUCCAAUAUCUAUGCGAAUUAAUUGUAUUUUUAUCGGUUGUGUUCACUUUAUAUUCUCUGUGGUCUUAA